AAUGUGCAAUAUGAACUUUCGCGCUUUUAUGUUAAAACCAACUAUUAACGCGCACCACAAACCAUGUGACUGUAUUCUCUCCUCACCCCGAAAGCAGCUUCACACCCCUCGUGCCUCGUGCCUCGUGUCUAGAUCUGGGAAUGGGAAUUAAUGUCAAAAAACAGAUUGGAACGAUUGGAACUUGGAACAGAUCCGUGCGCGUCGAACAACUUUAACCUAGUGUUUGGCCAUCACUGCUUUAACCCCGUUUUGACCCCGUUCAAUUCAACUUUGUAACAGUUUUCUGAUAAAGAAAUCGUUUAGUGUGCGAAGAUCGACGAAAUGGCAAGUCACAAUUAUCUAAGUGAUCCGACAAAUUCGUUAUUCUCGCUGCAAGAUGACAUCGACGACGAGACAUUUCUAAAAAGUGCAAGACCAUCUGGUCGUACGCCUUACAAUCAUUAUAGCAACUAUGAUGAUGAACUCCAACAAAAGCAUCAACAAUUAUUACAACGAAAAAAGGCGAUAGAGGAACGCACAGUUAAAUCAUCGGAAAGGUCAAUCUCACUUCUAAGAGAUUCUGAGCAAAUCGGAGCUGCCACUGCAGAGGUAAUAGUAAUACAAGACGAUAUUAAUAGUACUCUAAGGUUUAGUCAGAAGCAUAUUCAAGGAAUAAAAAGUGUAUUUGGAAGUCUUAAAAAUUAUUUAAGUGGAAAAUCAAUGGAUGCACCAAUACCAUCAACUAUAUUAUCAGAAUCUUCCAGCUCUGACUCUAUGGCAUCACCUGCAUUGUCUAAUUCUUUAGAACAAGUACAGACUAACAUAGCUAAUACAAGUCCAGCAUUGAAAUUACAUGGUAUAGAUGAUUAUACAGAAGAUACAAAACCCUUGAGUAACAAUGUGAGUAAGAUCUUAGAAAAAAAUUUAGAUGAAAUGAGUGGUUCAUUAGCUAGAUUGAAAGGCUUAGCAAUAGGAUUAUCGGAAGAAAUAGAUUUACAGAAUGACUUGAUCGACAAUAUAACAAACAAAGCAGAAAAGACAGAUAUAAUGCUUCAGAAACAGAAUAAAGAUCUCACUCAUUUAUUAAAGAAAUAAGUAACAUGUGCAAUGCAUGAACAAAUAUGACAAGCAAUUAGAUUGUUAAUUCACUACAUACAUUUAAAAGUCGUAAAUGUAUCUAUAAUGAAUAUUGCCUUAUUUAGUCAAGAUUUAAAAAUGUUAUAUGUACAUUGUUUACUUUGUAAGAUUAUCUUAUAAUAUCCUGCAUAAGUAUCGAUUACAAUAAUAUAAAAUUUUAUAAGAAAAAACAUCAGAGAUGAAACAAUGAUAGACAUACACAACAAACAAAAUAAUUUAUACACAUAGAACCAUUAUUUCAAGUAUUAGUUUUAUUUGCACCUUCUAUGUAAAGUAUGAAAGAGUAAAUUUAAAAUUAAA